AUGGGUAUCGACUUGGAUCGCCACCAUGUGCGCGGCACCCACCGCAAGGCGCCCAAGAGCGAGAACGUUUACUUGCAGGUCUUGGUGAAGCUCUAUCGAUUCCUCGCCCGUCGCACGGAAUCGAACUUCAACAAGGUCGUGCUCCGUCGCCUUUUCAUGUCCCGGAUCAACCGCCCCCCCGUUUCUGUCUCGCGCAUUGUCUCCAACGUUACCGACUCCCACAAGGGCAAGACAAUCGUCGUGAUCGGAACUGUGACCGAUGACAACCGCCUCCUCACCGUCCCCAAGCUCUCGAUUGCCGCUCUUCGCUUCACUGCCACUGCUCGCGCCAGGAUUGAGAAGGCCGGUGGUGAGACUCUUACUCUCGAUCAGCUUGCUCUGCGCGCCCCAACUGGAGCCAACACUCUUCUGCUCCGCGGACCCAAGAAUGCCAGAGAGGCUGUGAAACACUUCGGCUUCGGUCCCCACAGCCACAAGGCAUGUUAA